UCUGUGGAUUAUAUGAUGGAUUUAAGGUUAUGGCAUUUUGACAAGAAUUUCAUCUCAAAACCAAAAUUUCAAUUGGGGCUUAAAAUGAAAUGCCAUUUUCACAAGUUAGAAAUGUCUUAUUUGCUCCAUAUGUUCGAUAUGGAAUUAGAUAUUACUAUCGUACAUCGAAUAAAGAAAAACGAUAUAUAGCCAGAAAAUUAGUUGGUUUUGCUAGACAAGAUAUUUACGAAGUAAUAUCAGACGUCAAACAUUAUGAAACGUUUUUACCAUUUUGUACCAAAUCUACAAUAUUGAAAUACCAACCCAAAGAACUUCAUGCCAAUUUGGAGAUUGGUUUUCCUCCUAUCGUCGAAAAUUAUACUUCGCACGUUAUUUUAGAUAAACCAUAUUAUUUAGAAGCGAAAUGUUUCGAUGGCAAGCUUUUUGAUUACUUAGAAACGAAAUGGAUAUUCAAUCCAGGGCUUCAAAGUAAUUCAAAAACUUGCAUUAUAGAUUUUUCGAUAAAAUUCAGAUUCAAAUCUGUCUUUUAUUCGCAUGUAGCUUCAAUUUUCUUCGACAAAUUAGUUCAACAAAUGGAAAAUGCCUUUUUAAAUGAAACUGCAAGGAGGUAUGGACAGCCUUCAGUACCUCUUUAUAUACUCAGUCCUACCAAAAGCUGACAUUCGUGAAUUUGAUUAGUGACAAUUGUUUUUAAUUUAUUUAUAUUUUGAAGUAUUAUUGUUAUUUAUAUGUGUUGUUUAUUGAUAAUUAUACGUUUUUACGUAAAA